AUGAGUGCAUACGACUAUCCCGGCGAGGGUAUAGUCGAAAAGCCCUACCGGUUCACUUUCGGGAGCGAUGACCCCCACGAUCCACUACAGUGGUCAUGCCAAUUUCGAUGGAUGUUAUGCUGCAUUUCCGGGGUUAUGACGUUCUCUGUAGCUUUCAUCUCUAGCUCCUACGCAAUUGGCAUCCCACAGAUUGUCCAAGAACUCGGUGAAAGUGAGGAUAUUGCCACACUGGAAUUAAGCCUCUUCUUGGUCGGCUUCACGCUGGGCCCUUAUGGACGUCGACCGAUUUUUAUUCUCUCGACGACAGGAUAUGUCGUCUUCAAUAUCGCUAUCUGUUUUGCCCCAAGUGUGACUUGGAUACUGCUAUUACGUUUAUGUAGUGGCACAUUCGGUGCGGCACCAUUAACAAAUUCUGGAGCCGUAAUUGCAGAUAUCUUCCCUGCAAAGCAACGAGGCUUGGCCAUUACAGUCUACGCACUCGUGCCUCUUUUCGCUCUCGCAAUGGGACCCCUGAUUGGAGGCUUUGUAGCUGAGGCGACGGGCUGGAGAGGCAUCAUGGAACUCAACGCAAUCAUUUCGGGGUUUGCCUGUGUAGUCCUAUUAAUCGCGCUUCUGGAGACUUACAGUCCAGUUUUGCUCCGCCUCCGAGCUCAGCGACUUACUGAACUGACCGACAAGAUAUACGUAUCCGGAAUUGCCAACGUCAACAUCUCAACCACUCGCUUUUGCUCGCUAUCUGCAUUUCAACCAUUUCAGCUCGCCUGUAAUGAGCUCAUCAUUCUGCUCCUUGCCCUAUAUCAAGCUCUAGUUUUCGGAACACUAUACUUGACCUUCGCGGCCUUCCUAAUCCUAUAUGAACCAGCCCGUGGGUGA